CAACGCCGCAAACCGCGAGCGAAAAAUUUACGAAAAUGUGCCAAAAACAAAUACAUUAUUUGAGCACAUCGAUGAUUCAGCUGUUAAUCACAUUUAGCAAAGUAUUAUAUUCGUUUGCUUUUGACUAUGGAACACCUCCUCCUGAACUGUCCGCAGAGGAGAUUGAAAAAGCUUUAAUUAAACAUGACAUUUACAAGGAUUUGGGCUACGUGAAUUAUCCCAAGCACAUGCUCCAGGUGAAUUAUGAUGUGCAUCAUCUACAGCUUGGUACAAAAAUUCCAGGCACUGUAGCAAUAGUGCCACCAGAUAGUAUUAACUACACUCAUUAUGAUGAGAACGUCUGGUAUGCUCUACUCAUGGUCGGGCUUGAUUUACCUGGGACUAAGGAAACACCGGAUAAAGAAGCUUACCAACAUUGGGCGCUUGGUAACAUACCCGAAGAUCAGUUCCUGUCAGCUGAGUGUUUGGUGAACUACGAUUGGAAAGCUGCACCCUACAAAAAAGGUUUACAUCGAGUUGUCUUCCUCUUAUACAAACAGGAAGGAGAGGAAAGCAUGGUGUACGAUGAACGCCACUUAAUGAGGAGUAAUAUUGAGGUGCCAAGAACCUACUUUAAUACCACAAAAUUCAGCUUGAAGUAUAAUCUUGGUGACCCCGUGGCAGUAAAUUUCUUCAUUGCAGACGUUAAGGAGGACCACACGGAUAGGGCGCUCCAUUGGACGGGCUUCGACUCAUAAUUGUUAAAUAUAUAUUUUCGAGGGUAUCGAAACAUGCGUAAAAAUGGACUGUUAUUGGAUUGUUACUAACAUCUGCGGCAUUGAAUAAUGACAUUGCAGAGUUGGGCGUUUUCUGACUCUUUUUUUUUUUUUGAAUUUAAGUAUAUUAGCAUAGUAUAAUGGCCUUUAUAUACUGUGAUGGUGUUAAAUAAUAAAACAGAGGGUAGAUAAUUGUUUCACUUUUGAAA